AUGCGUUUUAACCUCCGUGACGACUUUCCACUGCUAACUACAAAACGCGUAUUCUGGCGGGCCGUUGCAGAGGAGCUACUUUGGUUUGUUCACGGCCAGACUGAUGCGAAAAUACUAAAAGAGAAAAAUAUCCACAUUUGGGACGGGAAUAGUACUCGAGAGUUUUUGGAUAAAUGUGGUUUUCAUAAUCGCGAAGAAGGUGAUUUGGGCCCCGUGUAUGGAUUUCAGUGGCGCCAUUUUGGAGCCAAAUAUCGAACAUGCAACGAUAAUUACUCGGGUGAAGGCGUAGAUCAACUUCAAAAUGUAAUUGAUACAAUCCGAAACAAACCGAAUGAUCGUCGCAUAAUAAUGUCUGCGUGGAAUCCCCUUGACAUUCCGCAAAUGGCACUACCUCCUUGUCAUUGUCUAGCACAAUUUUUCGUUGCAAAUGGUGAGCUGUCUUGUCAGUUGUAUCAACGUAGCGCUGACAUGGGAUUGGGCGUGCCAUUCAAUAUCGCCUCUUAUGCUUUGUUAACAUAUAUGAUUGCACACGUGACCGGACUUCGUCCCGGAGAAUUCGUGCACACUCUUGGUGAUGCCCAUGUCUAUAACAAUCAUAUUGAACCCUUAAAAGAACAGAUAGCACGUAAACCCCGUCCAUUUCCCAAACUAGUUAUAAAACGGGAAGUGAAGAACAUAGAAGAUUUUACAUUCAAUGACUUUGAAGUUCUCGAUUACAAACCCUACCCUAAAAUAUCGAUGGAAAUGGCCGUUUAGAAUAAAUUUUUUAAGCUGUAAGCCCAAAAAUAUAAAUGGAAGGUUUCCACAACGCCUUAGUA